AUGGCAUCUCCAAAAUUGUUUUUCGUUGCUGCCCUUUUGGCAACUUUCGCCAUGACCAUAAAUGCCGGUUUGCUGGAUUCCUUAUAUCCAUCCUUCGUUAAGAAAUUUUACAGCGCAGCACCCACAAAGGAAGGAUAUCGUGUGAACAUAGAAGAACCCAAUGGCAGCAAACGUGAGGAGAUUAGUAUGGUAAUGAAUCCCGGCACAAAAGAUGAGCAACGUGUGGUAAUGGGCUCCUACACGGUUUACGACGAGAAGACCGACACCGAAACGGUGACGAUGUACACAGCCGACAAGAAUGGAUAUAAGCCAAGAUAUAUGUUGAAGAACCGUAAAUUAAGUCUAAAAGCGCUAAAAUCCUCGGUUACAUAA